UCUGUAUUCAAGCGACCGACGAUGGUGCGUCCUUGCCGCGUAGUCGCUUGGCUCCUCGCAGCCUGCGUCGCCUCCAUGGCCGAGGGCGGCGCCGUGACCGCGGGCGCGCCCGGCAAUCCGAUCGUUCCCGCCGGCGAAUGCGUCCGUCUCUUCCACUCGAAGGGCGACGUCGGCUGCCACAGCCUGGACAAGCAGGGGACCCGCGCUCGCCUUGUGAACGUCGCAACGCAAGACCAGCUUAAUGGCCUCGUGCUCGCCGAGUCUAGCAUCCUCAUUAUGCCCGAGGCUCUCUUCACGAAGGCCAACGUGGCCAAAUUCGAUGCCACGUACACGAAGGGGCUUCUUAUCUACCCACCGAGCAGCAACGCGACGACGUACAACUUGGACGCGCCGAGCCCUCAAGGCGCGGGCACGAUCGACGGCGCGCUCAACCCAACGUUCGGUAACUACUCGUGGAACCCGCUUGGUCGCAACCUGAUGGGCGAGAGCUUCCCGUACCCCGUCGUGCAAGUGCAGUCGGCGGACGCGGCGCAGCGUUUCGUCACGCUGGCGGCCAAGAACGACGGUGUUCCGACCGACUCGUCGUUUGGCGUUGUUUACCGCUCGCUCAUGAAGUACUACUUUGGCCCGCCCAAGAUGGACUCGCCCACGUGCUUGGGCUUCAAGAACAUCCGCGACCAGCGCAGCCCCAAGUGCUACCCGGUCGGCGGCCAAAGCUCGUGGGGCGUCAAGGGGGACCUGAGCGCGCCCAAGCCGAUCCUCAUGGCCAUGGCAGCCAUGGACACGAACGCGUUCUCGCAUGUCUACGCGCCGGGUGCCAAUGCCGGCGCGUCGGGUCUCGUCGCGCUCCUCGCGGCCGCCGACGCCUUCAAGUCGAUUCCGAGCUCGGCGUUGAGCAAGCACAUUGUCUUUGCGGCCUUCCAAGCCGAAGCGUACGGCUUUGUGGGCUCUCGCCGGUUCCUCGCCGACCUGACGGCCAAGGCCAACAACUGUGCGCGCACGAUCACGGCCACAACGCCGUUUGGGACGGCGUUUUGCGCCCGCCCGCUCUCGACCAGUGUCGCGAUCUCGGGCUUGUCCAUGGGACGCAUCGAAGCGGCGAUUGCCAUCGACCAAGUCGGUGUCGGCUCCAAUUUCUCGGUGCACAUCAAUCCGUCGGCGCCCACCGCAGCCAUGCAAUCGGUCGUCGAUAGCCUCACGAAAGCGCCGUCGGCCCUCGGCGCCGUGGCCAAGAGCUCGGUGAGCGGCGUGCCGCCAGGUCCGCUCGUGUCGUUCUUGAACGACAAGGAGUACGGCAACGCGUCGCUUGUCGCGGCCGUGCUCUCGGGCUACGACAAGGCGUUUCCUGCGGCGUACCACAGUCGCUUCGAUUUGAACACGUCGAUUGACGCGACGGCCGUCACGACGGCGGCGCAGGUGCUCGCAGAAGCGCUCUUUGCGUCCGCGGCGGGCAGCGGCUCGACGCCGGUCGUCAACGGCACGCUCGUGGCCGAAAUGGUCGCGUGCAUCACGACCGACUGGUCGUGCCCGCUCAUGAAGGCGGUCUCGACGCCGUUUGUCAACUCGAUGAUCGACUACUUGACGCUGACGGCGACGUCGUGGCCGUCGUCCAUGUCGCCCGUGACGCUCUACGCCGGCGUCUACUCGAGCGAUCGCGUCGCGACGGCUGUCCUCAACAACACGUUUAGCGGCACGGUCGCCUCCGUUGCCGACGACGUUGUCUGGAAGGACUCGAACACGCUGAGCUUGUUCCCGAACGCAUACGAGGUGUUUACGCGAUCGUUUUUGGCAGCCGCGCUCGGGGAACCCACGACGGCGACGUGCAAGCUCUCGAAAGACUGCAAGGGCACUGACCUCGAGUGCGUCUACCCGGGUGUCUGCAAGACGCGCGCCGCCCACUUCCACGACGCGUACUCGCCCGGCCUCGAGAAGGAGACGACGCCCGGGCUCUUCAAGGUCCUCAACGCCAACCUGCCGCUGUGGACCGAGCCCAACUGGGACGCGCUCGGGACGUUUGUGUACCCGGAUCCGCGCUCGACGAUCGGGUACGUGGCGCUGGGCGUCGGCAUCCUCGCCAUCGGCCUCGGCUACGUCAUCGCUGCCCGCUUUCUCGCGCACUUUCGGAAACAAAAGCUUCUCUAAGCACCCGCGCCUGCGAUCGCCACCUACGUCACCACUUGCAUAAUCACAUGUCU